AUGCUCUACAACGCGCGACCAAGGAUACCGUGGAGUAUCUCUUUGGAAAAAACAGUCGAGUGUUUCAACCAGCAUGACGACGACGUGGUGGUGCAUUUCUCUCUGACGGCAACAGCGGAUACCUUCGACCUGCUGGUGGGCGGGGACAUGCAUCGUUUGCGCAUCCGGCGGGCAAUGUUGCAGCCGCAGCCACCCGUCCACGCGCCACCGGAUCCCUACUGGCGGACGGGGUUGCGGGCGAAGGAUAAUGUCUACUGUCAGGAGAUGGUGCAGAUCCGUACGGACAUGUGGUCGAUGGGGAGGGUGGUUCUGCUGGGCGAUGCGGCGCAUUGCUCGCCCCCGUUCAGUGCGAUGGGCACGACAGGCGCCUUGGUCGGUGCGUGUGUGCUUGCUGGGGAUUUUGCCAGACAUUCCGAGGAUUUACCACGGGCGUUGAGGAGCUAUGAGGAGACGUUGCGGCCUUUUUUUCAGGAGAUACAGAAGUUCAAUCGGUCGUUCUUGGGGUUUGCGUUUCCGGGGACAAGGUUGGGCGCCGCGGUCCUUUUGCUCGUUGCGCAGGUGCUUUGCUUCCUGCGUAUUCCGGAUCUCUUGAUGAUGUUUGUGAGUGAGGAACGUGGUGGCUGGAGGUUGCCCGAGUAUCCGGAGCUGAUGUUGGACUGCGAUAGCUCCGGUGCAGGGGAUGCUGAGCGCUAG